GGUCUGCAUUCCUCAUUUUUUUAUCAGCUGGAGUGGAUCGCUGCUCUUUCUUUAGCAGUAUUUAAAUUAGUAUUAAUUAUUUAAAAGUUAAAUACUAUAAUAAUUAUUUAUAACAAGAUAAAUUCACACCUAUUAAAAUCAUGGAACAGAACGCAGAAAUAGUUUCCCUAGAGCAAUUAGUCCUCUGCAAUGGAUUGAUCCUCCCAAAAAUUUUGACACACCUCCCCUUCCGCCAGUAUUUGGCGACUCGUCUUGUCUCCACUGUUUGGGAUGACGCCGUCCGCCGAACAAUCGCCUCCCGUGCCAGGAUUGACCUCAGUCUCUGCUCCAUCGUUAAGAAAGCUGAUGACAAGAAGAAGACCGAAAUUGAGGAGAAGCUCGACUCCAUCGAGUAUCUGAAGAUAACCGAGUUGCAGAUAGGAAUCGACGACAAUUUGCAUCCCACCAUCGUCCAAGCUUUUGAGGAAAUUGGCUCCUGUCUUACAAAGCUAACGGUGAAAAUUAACCUGGAAAAGGGUCCUGAUUUCGCCGACUUUUUCACCCUGUUGACCAGCUCGCCAAAUCUUAAAGAGUUAAUUUGGUGGGGUGCAAUUGAUGAGAACCAUUGUCACAAUUAUACCAAGGUAUUUCCCUCAGUGGAGAAAUUGAGCUUAGGAUUUUAUCGGGGAGAGAUGCUAAAUAUGGGGAAGGCAGCUGUCCUUUGGGUCACCUCAAUUUUUCCGAACGUUUCCACAUUCUCCUGCCUACCCCACCACCGCGAGGGAGUGAUGCGGCAUCUCCUCGGAGUCUGGGGCGACGGUCGAUCCGCCUUCCCCCUCCUGACAGAGCUUACCAUUCACCUCAUGAUAACCGAUGAGGAGAGGCUGGCUCCACUACAAAAUAUCCCAGACGGGCUAAAACUAAAAGUAUUAAAUCUGUCCAUCGACGGUAAACGGGAGACGGGAAGCGUUCAAGUGUUCCAAGACGAGGAUGCCGCAAUCUUGACUAGCAUGCUGCAAAAACAUUCAGCCACGUUGGAAAAAGUUGUCUUAAACUUCGUUAAUUUAUGGAAGCCAAAGCCGGACGUCAUUCUAGUUCCUAUUCCAGGGAUUAAAAGUCUAAAGUACUUAACAGUCACGUCAGAUUUUUUGGGAGAUAUUUCAAUCGACAUCAAACCACAACCUGGUGCUGUUUUCCCAAAACUUUUGAAAUUGAACCUGCCAUACCUUUGGGGUGAUGCACUUAGCAGAUUUCUCACACCAUGCGAGGAAUGGGAUGCCACACAAUUGAAAUGCGUGGAUUUAAACAUCAGAGACAAGCAAUGCAACAUCUGGAUAAAGAGACAGGGUCAAAAGUGGGCUGAAAAUCUUGGAGAGAUUUUCAGGAAAAACUUCCCAACUGCAGAACUAACCGAUUGGAAUCUUCUAUGUAAGAAAUAAUUGAUCAUUAAAAGCACAAAAGGAGUGCAAAAACGUGUUGCUAAAUAUUUACGUGCAUUUUAAGAUACAUGAAUUUGUAUGUAUAUGCAUAAUAUGUAUUGCAUAAUUAUGAUUAAAAACGAAAAAUGCAAUUUAAAAUUAAAUGUAAGACCUUCAACAGAUUUUGUACAUAUAUACAUAUAGAUGUAUACAUACAUGAAUGUAUGUACAUAAUCAAAUUUCUUACAUCACCUUAUCAUGAAACUUAAAUUCAUUCAACAAACUUAAGCUGCAUUACUUCACUUUUAGCUUUCUUGGUCUUAUGCAACAUCUGCAUAAAUGCACUAGGUACAAUAUGUAUGUACAUUGUACAUAAUAUAUCUGUAAGUAUAUUAGGAUAAGGUUAUUGCAAGAUAAGGUGGAUAAGGUAGCUGCCAGGGUUACGUACCUAUGUAGGAGGUACAAAUUUAAUUUAUUAAACAACAAUAAGUAUUAAUCCAAAUUUUUGUCCAAUAUGUGAGCUAUUCAUAUAGCCCAAAUUUCUGUGAUAAAGUUUACAUACAUAAAUAUGUAAGUCUAACUAUACAUAAAUCUAUAUGCAAAAAUAAUGCACUCCUCAGCAAGAAAAUCCGAUCAAUAAAAUCUAUCCCGUUCUGCACGGAUGAAUUUCCUUCCCAUAA